UAUAUCUUAUUAUAAAUUUAUUAAUUGUUGAGCGAUUUAUAUGAUAUAUCAAUUUAUUUUAUUAAAUCUUUUUUGCUUUGACAAUGUAUCGUAUAGUUCGUUAGUAUCGUUAGUGCCUUUAAUGUGUUCCGAGUGCCGAGUUUAUCCAUAAAAAGAGCACCACAAUAAAGAAGAAAAGACAAGAAUCACGUUUAUCGUUUAGCGCACUUUAUGCCUGGUGGGCCGGUUCAUCAGUCACACCAUCGAGCCUUCAGUAUACACGCCUUUUGGUUGUACAUCCAUUUUAAUUUAAAUAUACACGAUAAAGGACCACUUAGCGACUUAUGCAAUUUAUCAAGUGAGGAAGCGUUCAUUUAUUCACUUAUCCGCUUUAUCCGACAUUUUUCGACCGCCACGAAGAGCGAUAUCACGUCGCGCGGAUAGUCGCGUCGAGUCCUUGCCGUGAUAUGCGUACAUACGCGCGAAUGCGAGUCUCACAUGUUACGUAUAUGCGUGCAUACGUGUGUUCAUGCGUUCGUGAGAGCGAGCGAGCGAGUGAGUGAGUGAGUGAGCGCUUAUGCACGCCGGGUGUGGUCCACCGGCUCGACUGCAUUAUGUUUAUGUUGUUUACGACGUAAGGCGACCUCCGCAAAUAUGUGGCCGGAUCUCGACGGCGGUCGACGCGGCGAGAUGCGUGGGUGUGGUUUCGCACAUGGAGCUUCCAUCGCGGCGGCGAUUUUUCCGCGGGGAUGACUUUACUGUCCGCGGACGCGUGCAUCUUGUUGGAAUUCUAAAUGGUCAUCCCGUCGGGACGUAACACCGAGCGUCCGCGAAGGAUCGGUGAAAGGAGUGAAGGAGGAGGCGGCUCGACGAUCCCCUUCGCGCAGACUUGAGAAAUAUCGCCGAUACCGACAAACGACCGUGAUCUUGUACGCGGCGAUGAUAAAUAGCGAUUAACUUGACCUUGAUAAGAGAAUGAUAAGAAUGGGAACUCGACGAGGACAGCGCGUUUCGAGAGAUCUGACCAACAGGAUGCCUAUUCCUUUUGAAAUGAAAAAAAAACAAGAGAAAAAGGAAGGGCUGGAGAAAAAGAAGAACCGCCGGUCGGUGCGUUACUUUGAAGUCACGCUGAAUCGCAAAGGGUUAAGGAAAUAAGAGGUGCCUUGACCUACGGUGCGCAGCAGCACGGAGGAGAGCAGCGCGAGCGAGCGCGAGUAAUCGAGUGUUUCUGCCGACCGUGUUCACGGUCCGACCAUUAUUGUCUCCCGUCCUCUCCGCCCUCGAUGGACGAUCUCUCUCUCUCUCUCUCCCUUUAUCUUCUCCCGCCGUUUUUCUUUUUCCUCGUCGCCCUCUUCGUCUUCCCAGUCCUCGGGUUGCUCGUGUCGACACGCGGGAGCCUAUUCCCUGAUUAUCCACGCUUUCACGGACUAUCCUCGCCUACGGACACCAACACUCGCGGUGUCUCUCCCGGUCUCUCCUACGUGAUACCGCGGUUGCCGCCUGUUGGCUGCUGCUGCUGUCGCUGGUAGCGGUAAAUAGAGGGCAAAUCCUAGCGGAGACGCGAUAUCUCGCGAAGAUCCGCGCCCACGGCCGCAGGUCUCUCGUCGCGAUCGCGGCGCGGACGAUGACCGGAAGCGGAGAAGAACCAUGGCACCUGAAAGGUCACGGCCCGCCGUUACCUCGCCCGCGCCUUGCUUGGACUCGCCUCGGAAAGGCGUGUCCCGUCGGAUUAGCUUGUCCCUGCGAAACGGUGCCCGGAGGUGGGAGGAAUGAGGAAGCGGGAAUGCUUAGAUAUAUUGACAAACAAAACGCGUCGCGUCCCGUGAGAAUUCUGCACGGAACCACAUGCUCGAGAGAAAGAGAGGCCGCGGCGCAUCCGGGUUGGGACACGGCGAGAUUCCCCGCGACUGAAUCUCGGCGUCGAUCGCUCCCUUUAGAAGCAAGAGUAAGGAAUCUUGCCGGACGCCGAUAUUAAAAGUCGACUGUAAAUUGCGCGCGAUGUCGACGCGCACGUGCGCUUGGGCGUGAAUUAAGUGCCGUCGCGCGGUCCCCGUUGCUGUUUGAAAUUCAAAAUAAUACGCGCAGGUAACUGACCAUCGUAUUAUGGAAGUUGUAUUUCCCCGCUUAUCGUAACGUUCUCCUAUUUAUAUCGCGUUUGUGCGCCGGGCAUAACGAAAAAAUCGCACGAGCACCAUUGCGAUCCGAGAUCGAACGCGAUAUUCCGCGAAUACUGUACCCGCCCACGUUUUCUUACAUUCCGAUUUUUCAUCGUGAUACGGCCGAUGACUAGAAAAAUGAGAUAUCUUCCACUCGACGCUCAGAAUCGAGUUACUCGAUCGCGAGAGAUAUGAAUCUCAUUAAUGGAACGAUUUCAGCCUUAGGAAAGAAUAAACAGAAUUAAUUAAACUUUAGAAGGAAACAGAAAACAGAAUUAAUUAAAUUUUAGAAGGUUCCGCGUUUCUUUUUUUAAUCUUGAAAUUAUCAAGUGUUUUUCUGGAAUUCUAGAAAUAUAUGGCUUUUGCUCUGUUUUCACGCUAUAAAAUCUUUUAUCUUUAUACGUGACUUUUAAUAACUGUUUUGUUGUCAAAGUAAAAUAUUUAUUACAUUACAAAUUGAUAUUUUCAUUAAAAAAUGUACCUCCCGUGAAAUUACUGUGGUGUUAAAUAAAUAUUAAAGGACGAAAUUUAAACCAAUACCUUUAGUUAAAUAGCAUUUGUUAUUUCCAACUACCAUUUGUGUUGAAAUUUAUUAUUUUAACACAAAACAGUUGUUUUAAUUCCAUUGGUUAGUUAAAUUGGUAGUUUAAUUAACAUAUUGUUUUAGUUAAAUUAACGACAUAUUGAAUAGGAGCUAUAGCAAUGGCGAUCUAUAGGAAUGAUUAAAAACAACUCAAAAUGAAAUAAUUUGAUAUUACGAAUUUAACAGCGUGAGAUUACACAAAGAUUUCAUGUAGCUUACAUUAUAUAUGUCUAGCAAUCAAAAAAAGAAUUAAUAGACUUAAAAUCGAUUAUUCGCAUUGAAAUAUAGGGAUAUCGAACCAAAAAACAUGGAUAGCGCAAUGAUAUGAGGCAUAAUCGCCUCUAAUUAAUUGUAAUCCGCGUUAAUAUCACGUAACGCAUUACGAUUCCGCUUGCAUUACGUGACCGCUUGCACUUGAAAGUCCAUGCUCCCAUAUGCUGCUCUUGGGGGAAACAGAAUGUAUGCAAAUACUCGAUCGCGGUGUCGGGUUUACACAUCGCGACAGUGGACAGGUUGAUUCCCCGCGCCAACCCUUUAUGUCAUUAUAAUACUCGCCUCGAGGCGUGCGCGGGUAUCAUGUAUGCCGCGUGUGCGCGCGCGCGCGGGUCCGGGUCAUCGAAAUCGCCGAAGACCGCGCCAAGGACGAGGGUCGGUACACGAUUUCAUUGUGCCCAGAGGAGGGAUUCCUGGACGUCUGCGGUCUGCGGCCGUGGAAAAAAAAGGGGGGUAAAAAGGCCGCGGCAGGCGAACAAUUCCGCCGAACACGAGGCUCGUCGCGGCCCUGAUCAAGGCCAAUCGGAGUUACUCGCGAUUGAAAAAUCGUCGACAUACUGCCGGCGCGAUCGUCAGGUACGAUCUCACUUCUAAUCACGCGCGUAAAUCGUAGCUUUGCGAAGAGGAAGAAGCGAAACCGCGUGGUCGCGUUUCAGAGGGAAAUUAUUGGCAAGGAAGGACCUGAGAUUUGUGCGAUCUUGAUUUGCAUUUUCGUAAUAAAACUGGAAUUUAAAUACAGGUGGAUUGUUUGCCUGUCCUCAAUCGUAUAUAGGUCCGAUAAUACGAGAGCCUAAGGAUCUAAGGGCCUGAUGCAUUUUGUGUAUUAUAAUUAAGGUAGUUCGAUGAUGAACAACUUUUGCCAAAAGUGAUAGGUUUUAUUUUUUAUCGAAAGAAGAAACUCUCCUGAAUUGAUUAAGCCUGCAGAAAAAAGAUAAUUCACCGUCCCGUUCUCGAGAUAUUUAAUUUCAAAAUUAGGUGAUUUUAAUGAUUUUAACAUUGGUCUUAUAGGAAAAGAGGUAUUUUCCCAUGAAUAACACGAGUUUGCAAAAAAUCCUUUGCCAAAAAUGUCCGAACAAUAUAUAUCGAUGGAAAGAGGACACUGUGAGGAAGCCUAUAGUUGAAGGUGAACACGAUUUACCGUACAGUUUUUUUUUUAAUUAAUAAUUAAAGUUGAAAAUUAGUCAAGCGACGCGUUAACACACACUUUAUUUUAAUCUACUUCAGGCAAAAUAUUAUUCUACUACGUAAAAAUUACUUACUAAUGGUCUUUUCACGUCGUUACGAACUUUUGCGAUGCGUUAUCCCAUUUUUUUUAUAAUCAUAUAAAUAAAAAAAAUCCUAAACAUUGUUUUGACUUCGGCCCUUCAUCAUCGAACUAUCUUAAGUGUCCGACGAAGCGUUUCGUGCGUCGCUUUAAUUUCACUGUAUUAAUUAUACAUUUAAACACAAUUAUUACACACAAUUUAUUGUGACCAUAAUGGAGAGUAAUGUGCAGGCGUCAGGAGGGCACUACAUAACAAGUACAAAACCUUUAACAACGUACGAACUUGUUGCUGGUAUAAAUACGCGAUUUCUUAAAUAUACGGUGCUCCGCGCUGGAAGAAGCAAUAAGAGGAGCAACAAGUCAGGCUCUAGCCUCCUCCCUCGGCGCACCAUCAAGAAAAUUAAAGGCAUGUUACUUGAUCCUGUUCGCAAACUUAUGACAUGUAUGAGUUUCGAUUCAGUAUGCGCUUUAUUAAACCGCGCGCAUUAAACCUACGGAACAAGCUUCAUCUCAAAAGCAAAUACGAGCGCGCGCGCGCGUAUUUAUAAAACGAGGCAGCGCAACUGAGAGCGGACCCUGAUGGCCUUGAUGUCAGCCAAUCGUCGAAGCAAUUAUAAUGAUAACACUACACUAAUAAUGAGAACGCGAAUCCCCUCUCUCGUAAACUAAUGAAACCACUUUUCAAACGAUCUUCCAGUAGAAGAAAGAAAGUUUUCUGAGGGAAACACAUCUUCCAGGGCAGUUCGAAGAAUUCGAAAGACAUAUCCGCAGUUCCCUGAAACAACUUUUCUCUCGGAUCUUUACAUUUCUUUGAAUUAUCACAAAGGUAAAGAAUCCGUUGUAACCAGAACAAGGCUCUCGCGCAAGAACCUCAUUAAUGUGCGUCACAAUGUUGCAGAUUAAGCGAUCCGAGGUCGAGUAUAGCCUCCGGUGCGCGAGAAGCCAGAACUCCCUUCCCCUCCCGGGUUCGAAUGGGUUGCAACCGAAGAAAUUUCUUCAUAUCUACACGAUUGGGAUCGUUGAACGACCUCGAGUAAGCCGAACCAGUUCCGCCUCCCUGGCGUUCUCGCUUCAUUCAAUUCCCGCCUCAUUCUAACGACGCCUCAUUAUUGUAGUAUCGCGUAAAAGUCUCCGCCACCGCGCGUCAUAAGGAUAUAAUUACAUUUUACCGAAGAUUUGUUGCAAAUGAUUGAACGUUCGCUUCUCCUCAUCGUAACAUCGCGGCAAUUAAUCUCGAAUCAAGUGGACGGACUGUGGGGAUUUUUUAUAGAAAUUAUAACAAGCAGAAGAAUGUACAAAUCGAAAUAUAAAUUAAGAUAUAAAAAUGCGAUAAUAAAGAUUAAACGUUGAUUUUAUAAAUCGAUUAAAUUCGCUUGUUAAUUUGUUUAUUUUUCUACAAUGGCACCUUGAGAAAGAGAACGAAACUCCUCCAUCGUUCAUUUUCGCGGGGGAAGAGCAAGCGUCGAAUCCGGUACGCCCGGCUUUUCUCACCUUUACGACGCGCGCGAACGAUAUCACCAUGCCAAAGACGGCCACGAUGGGCUUGCAGGGAUCUCGACUGAUGAGAUCCCGUCUCGGGGAACGGAUCCGCCUUGUCCUUCGAAGGUUCCUCGGGUUCCUGGUUCGAAGACAUCCCGCGCGGCUCGCGUCGCGUAUAUAUAAGUCAAAACCAGAUCGCGAGCAAGGUGCACAGCCCGGGCAGUCCUUCAGCCAGCAAGGAGGUCGACGGAGACACACCCGAGCACGAUGCAGGCAUUGAUUCCAGUUUUCGCGAUUCUCGGUGCGGCGGCGGCAGCGGGCGCGCAGCUGACCCUGCUGCCCUACGCCUAUCUGGCGGAUCCGCUUCCGGUGUACCAUCAGUCGCAGGACACGCGCGCCGGGGUGCACGCGUACAGUUACGCCGGCGGCCCGUCCGCCAAGGAGGAAGUCCGGGGUCUCGACGGGGUCACGCGCGGCUCCUACAGCUACGUCGACGCGCACGGUAUCCUGCAAUCCGUCUUUUACGUCGCGGACGAGGGCGGCUUCCGCGUCGCGGCGACGAAUCUGCCUACGGACGACAAUUUGCCGCUCGAGCCCGGCGAGCUCCUAACAGCCAGGUACGCCUACUCGCAGAAACACGCGAGGGCCGCAGGAGGGGAGGAGGUGCACCUGCAGGCGAGCGGGGCGAGCCGCAGGAAGCGCAGCCUAGAGGCAUCGGCCGACGAUCAAGAUCGUCAUCAGACAGAAAAUCCGAGUUCCCAGGGAGAUCAGGCCGAUCAGAGCUCGGCGGCGAUCGCCUCGCCGAAGAGUUCCCACGAGCUUCCAACGCCGGACGAGGAAAAAUCCAAAGGUCGGGCCAAUCGUGCCGCCGUAGAGGCCGUCGUCGCGCCUGUAUACGGCCUGUUGGACUCGGUUCUGAUUCCGAGAUUGACCGGCGCGACGACUUCUCAACAGAGCCGCGUCGAUGUUCACAAUAACGUUCGUUUGAAGGCCGCUCAACUCGUCAAGACCGCCGGAGUCUUGUCGGAACCUGUCUACGAGACGACGGUGAUCCUUCCCAGCCAGGUGCUCUUGGCCACCUCGCAGCAGAGUCGCGUCCAGGUGCACAACAAUCUUCGCGUCCAAGUGCCGGAAGAGCCAGUCGUUAACGCAGAAACGAUCGGAAUCGAACCAGGGCAGGUGGUGGUAACGACCGCCAUCGAGCCGCUCAUCUCCGCUUUUCCUGAUUACAACGAAAAUCGUAUCCAACUUCACAACAUUCUCGGAUUGGAAGGCCCAAAUCGCAAAGACACCGUGAAGAUCGACAGGCCGCUGCCGAUCGCCGGGACGCCGAUUGUCACCAAGAAAGCGAUUCCAGUCGUCACCAAAGACGUACCUCCGGUCAUCACUAAAGAGGCACUUCCAGUCGUCAUCAAUGAAGCGAUUCCAGUCGUCACCAAAGACGUACCUCCGGUCAUCACCAAAGAGGCACUUCCAGUCGUCGUCAAUGAAGCGGUUCCGGUUGUCAUCAAAGACGUACCUCCAGUCGUCAUCAAGGAGGCACUUCCGAUCGUCGCUAACGAAGCGGUUCCGGUUGUCACCAAAGACGUAUCUCCAGUCGUCAUCAAGGACGCACUUCCGGUCGUCACUGCCAUCUCCAGUCAGAGCAGGACCCAGAUCCAUCGCAAUACCAAACUCGAAGCAGUCAUACCGAUAGUGAGCGAACCGACCGUGUACUUGGCAACUUCCUACGCUCGACCGAUCUCCACCUGGCCGAUCUUAGCACCCGUCGCUCAGUCCUCUCAAUACCGCCGUCAGAUACACUCGAACGAGAAGCUCGAACUGGCAAUAUAAGGAUUUGGUCGUUUCGCUCGCUGAUAUCGCGAGAAUUUUCUUCGCGCGUUUGUAUUUAUUCUCAUGGGUAAUUUUUGAUAAAUCUUUGCAUAACAUUCUAUUUGAGUGAUAUCUUGAUAAACAAUAUAAUUUCUUUAGUUUGACUCUUUUCGAGAUAGAUUAAAUACUUUAUAAAUAUUUCUGUAAACAAUUAAUCUUUAUAAUUUGUAAGCUAUUUUUCUAUCUCUCGACAAAAGCAGUCGUUAAAAUUAAUAUAAUUAUAUUUUAUUGCAAAUUGUAAGAAAAUAUCUAGGUUUUAAAGAGUCAAAAUAAAACGCGCGCGGAUAAGUCAUUUGCAUCGUGCUCAAAUAAGAAUAAAGCAUUUACAUCUUCAGCGAGAGUUCCAUGAACGACUGAUUGAUGACAAGCUCGCUCGCGGUAGCUCGCACCAUGGACAUCAUUAUUAUUAAUCCUCGCCUUGCGUUCAUUUAUCCUGUAACGAUCAUCAUACAAACUUGUAUUAAAUUAUUGUACGAUUAUACGAUUCUCGCAUUUAUUAAAAACAUAUUGUCAAUCUUGUGUGCAGAUUACCUUUCUGUUUUAAUGCGUGUAUACAUUAUCACCUUUCUCAUACGCAGAUAUUAAUGUUAAGCUUAUUACAUAUUAAUCUCUCUCGCUCGAACACGCGGCAUAAUGUCCGAUAAUGUCAAUCCGGGCAAGAAUUUAAAUUGAUCUGUUCUGCGAGAGUGUGGCGAGCGGAUCUCCGGUCUCGAAGGUCGGAAGGAAUAACCGGCCGCGUAUUUAUUGCAAAUCGGGAAGAAAUCGCGCCGUUUAAUUAGCCACUUUGAGCCCAAUUCGUUUCCUUCGAACAUACGCGAAAUUUACAUCGCGAUCCCGGGAGGUGUUGGUAUUCUUUUACGACCGAUCAUUUGUCGUCGUCACUCUACGCCCGAUAUGGAACUGAAAUCGCGGCCUUGACUUUGGAUUCUUACACCGUCGCGCGAAUAUAUAUUGCGGCGUUAAAACUUUCAUGCGCGGAUAUCGCGUGUCCGUCGAGUAACGACGAGAUUAACGGCAGGGAUUCGCCAAUAUGCGCGAGUGAAUCCAACGCGUGUGCGCACUUACCCGCGUUCUUAUGACGGAGAUUUUUCCGAGUCGCGCAUUCGCAUGUCGGGGCAGAGGCAUCUGACAGGAUUAUUUUCCGCAGAUGGUACUGAGCGCUCCGUACGUUGGAUCGAGUUUUACGAGCGAAAUGUAAGAACAAGGAGAACGUUUUAUGGAGAUGUGAAUAUCGAUUCAUUCCUACUUGC